AGGGGAUCCGAUCCGUUCUGGGCAACUUGGGGCACAGCAUGCGGAGCGUAUGGCCGCCGCUGGCCGCCGCUCUGUCCUCUCUGGGGAUGUCAUCCUACAAGCGGGCCACGCUGGACGAAGAGGACCUGGUGGACUCACUCUCUGAGGGCGAGGUGUACCCCAAUGGCUUACAGGUGAACUUUCGAAGUCCCCGGAGCGGCCAGAGGUGCUGGGCAGCUCGGACCUCGGUGGAGAAGCGACUGGUGGUGCUGGUGGCACUUCUGGCGGCAGGGCUGGUGGCCUGCCUGGCAGCCCUGGGUAUCCAGUACCGAACAAAAACACCCCCAGUAUGUCUGAGUGAGGCCUGCGUCUCAGUGACCAGCUCCAUCCUAAACUCCAUGGACCCCACGGUAGACCCCUGCCAGGACUUCUUCAGCUACGCCUGUGGGGGCUGGAUCAAGGCCAACCCCGUGCCCGAUGGACAUUCACGCUGGGGGACCUUCAGCAACCUCUGGGAACACAAUCAAGCCAUCAUCAAGCAUCUGCUGGAAAAUUCCACGGCCAGCGUGAGUGAGGCAGAGAGGAAGGCCCAAGUAUACUACCGUGCGUGUAUGAACGAAACUAGGAUUGAGGAGCUGCGGGCCAAGCCCCUGAUGGAGCUGAUUGAGAAGCUUGGAGGCUGGAAUAUCACAGGACCCUGGGCCAAGGAUAACUUCCAGGACACGCUGCAGGUGGUCACAGCCCACUACCGCACCUCGCCCUUCUUCUCUGUCUACGUCAGUGCCGACUCUAAGAACUCCAACAGCAAUGUGAUCCAGGUGGACCAGUCUGGCCUGGGCUUGCCCUCUAGGGACUACUACCUGAACAAGACAGAAAACGAGAAGGUGCUGACUGGCUACCUGAACUACAUGGUCCAGCUGGGGAAACUGCUGGGCGGUGGGGACGAGGACUCCAUCCGGCCCCAGAUGCAGCAGAUCCUGGACUUUGAGACAGCGCUGGCCAAUAUCACCAUCCCCCAGGAGAAGCGCCGUGAUGAGGAGCUCAUCUACCACAAAGUGACAGCUGCUGAGCUGCAGACCUUGGCCCCCGCCAUCAACUGGUUGCCCUUCCUCAACACCAUUUUUUACCCGGUGGAGAUCAAUGAAUCGGAGCCCAUCGUGGUCUAUGACAAGGAGUACCUGGGACAAGUCUCCACCCUCAUCAACAACACUGACAAAUGCCUCCUCAACAACUACAUGAUGUGGAACCUGGUGAGGAAAACGAGCUCCUUUCUGGAUCAGCGCUUUCAGGACGCCGAUGAGAAGUUCAUGGAGGUCAUGUACGGGACCAAGAAGACCUGCCUGCCCCGCUGGAAGUUUUGCGUGAGUGACACGGAAAACAAUCUGGGCUUUGCCUUGGGCCCCAUGUUUGUGAAAGCCACCUUUGCCGAAGACAGCAAGAACAUCGCCAGCGAGAUAAUCUCGGAGAUCAAGAAGGCCUUUGAGGAGAGUCUGAGUACCCUGAAGUGGAUGGAUGAAGACACCCGGAGAUCAGCCAAGGAAAAGGCGGAUGCCAUCUACAAUAUGAUAGGCUACCCCAACUUCAUCAUGGACCCCAAGGAGCUGGACAAAGUCUUCAAUGACUACACGGCAGUUCCUGAUCUCUACUUUGAGAAUGCCAUGCGAUUUUUUAACUUCUCGUGGAGGGUCACAGCCGACCAGCUCAGGAAAGCCCCCAACAGAGAUCAGUGGAGUAUGACCCCGCCCAUGGUGAAUGCUUACUAUUCUCCCACCAAGAACGAGAUCGUGUUUCCAGCUGGAAUCCUGCAGGCGCCAUUCUAUACCCGCUCCUCGCCCAACGCCUUGAACUUCGGUGGUAUUGGUGUUGUUGUGGGCCAUGAGCUGACACACGCAUUCGACGAUCAAGGUCGGGAGUAUGACAAGGAUGGGAACCUCCGGCCCUGGUGGAAGAACUCGUCCGUGGAGGCGUUCAAGCAGCAGACCAAGUGCAUGGUACAGCAAUACAGCAACUACAGCGUGAACGGGGAGCCCGUGAACGGCCGGCACACCCUCGGGGAGAACAUCGCCGACAAUGGAGGACUUAAGGCCGCCUACCGGGCUUACCAGAACUGGGUGAAGAAGAAUGGAGCCGAGCAGACGCUGCCCACCCUGGGUCUCACCAACAACCAGCUCUUCUUCCUGGGAUUUGCACAGGUCUGGUGCUCCGUCCGCACACCUGAGAGCUCCCAUGAAGGCCUCAUCACCGACCCACACAGCCCCUCCCGCUUCCGGGUCAUCGGCUCCGUCUCUAACUCCAAGGAGUUCUCAGAACACUUUCACUGCCCUCUUGGGUCCCCCAUGAACCCUCAUCACAAAUGCGAAGUCUGGUAAGGGCUGCAGCACAGAAAGCACACGUGGAAGAGGGUAAGGGGCCCGCAGCCAGCUCCUGGCCCAGGCCCUCAGCUGCCUAGGACCCCUUCCCCACCCUGGAGGGUAUACAGCCAUCCCGUCUAAGCCUAUGGUGGUGGUCCAUCACUCGACCCCAAGAUCUGAUCCCUGUGAAAGCCCUGGCACCCAUGUAGGAUGCUAGAGGGCAUUUGUAUGUCGAGCUGGUGGGCCUCACACUGACAACGGCAAUGGGACACAGCCCUCGCCCACAUCCAAUGCCAGUUAUACCACAAUACCACUGUGUCAAAUGCUUUAAAGAUAUAUUUUUGGGGAGACUAUUUUUUAAGCAUUAUGGAAUACACUGGAAAUAUUCAGGGAAAAUGCAUUUAAAACACUUUUUUUUUUAAAAAAAAAGGAAAGAUUAGUAUAUUUAUUAUGUUCUCUUUUUCUAAAUAAUCUGUGGACAAAGGAACCCCCACUGAUUUACCCCGGGGACCCCAGGCUGCUGAGCAAGCCCCUAGACUGAACGCUACAUUAGCCCAUUGGUGGUGUGACUGUUUCUGCAGUCACCCAUGCAGACAGGAGAUGCAGGGACCAGGAUGAGGGAGGAGCCAACUGAGGGACCUCCCUCUGGGCAUGACCCUUCUCAGCUCACCUGCCCUGUCUCUGGCAUCUAACCGUGGGAACCCCAACAAGGAUGGUCUGGUACCCAGAGCUGAGGCAGCCUGAACAGGAGCCCCUCAAGGCUGAGUCCCAUGACCCCCUCUUCUCCAAAGAUGUCUUUCUUCUGGUCCCACCUCUUCUGGCCUUGGGGAUCGGAUGCCACUCUGUAGCACUUCCGACAUUCUGAAGGGAUCCGCCUCGCUGACCCUUGGCACAAGGAAGUAGUCCAGUUCUCCCUCCAAUCUCUGUAGCCCAGAGUUGCCCUGGCCUGGUUCCCAGGACCUGUUUUCUAGUGCCUUAACUGAGUCUGUGGCCCCUGAGUUCCACCAAGGAGGCAGCACCUGACUAGAAGCCACUACCAUAGCACCUCACCCAGGACCCUCAGGGUUGCCGUCCCAGCCUGCCUACAGGGCAGCUGUCCCAGAUGUCCAUUGUUGGGAGCUGUUGAUUCCUCUCAGACUUCCAGCCUCCCGUGGCUGAGUUGAAUCAAGCCAGUUCUUAUAGGUGGGGGGGGGGGAGGCAUCUGUGAGCCAGAGGAGGCUGAGAAUGGAAGGAUCCCAGCCCCAUCUGGGCUACAGGGAAGGCGUCUGCCCAACAGCAUCACCCAGUAGUAGAUGUAUGGGUCCCCACUAGGUGGUGCUUAUUGUGGUUCUCAUGAUUGCUGUAGGGAGGCAAGCCACCAGACCUGUGAGCAGGGAGCCUAGGAGUGCCACCCACCACCUGGCAGGCCAUGCCCCACGUCGCACAGCAAGCCUCCCCCCCCCUCCCAAUACCAUAUUCCUCCUCAGCCAAGAAGUUCAGAAAUGUAGUCUCUAUCCUGCCAGUUUAGGGUUAGCCUUAGCUCUUGGCCAGGGAGCUAGAAGCUAGCCCCUGACAAAGUUCCUGGUUCCUGUAAGCUCGGUCAAGGUCUCAUAGCUCUUCAGGGAAAGGUGUAGCACGGGAAGCAGGAAGGUGCUGGAGCCAUGUCCUGCCACUUAAAGGUGGACCUUCCGGGCCCCUGCCCCUUUCCGUCCCGCCUUCCUGUGGAGAGGCAGUUCUGGAAAGAGUCCAGCACCAGUAUGUAGAAGCAGGGUCCUCAGCUGGGGAGUCAGCGAUCCGGUCAUUGCUCAGGGUGUGCAAGGCAGCCAUAGCAGGAAAGCCCAGGCUGAGCAAGGAUGGGUGGGUAUAAAAGCAGCAGCCUGCUCCCCCACCCUCACCCCCACCCCCAGGGGUUCGAGAAAGGCAGAAGUGAGAAGAGUUGCUGCUCUCAGACCCCUCCUCUCAAUGCUGGGAGCUUCCCUGCGGGUACAGAACAUGGGGUUCGGAGCUAGGGAAUCUAUUUUUUGUAUUAUUAUGUUUGUGCUACUGUAGUUUUGACGUGGCACUAUUGUAAUUACAAUAAAGUUCUUGUACCAAG